AUGAUGUCCUCCAAAGUCACCCUCCUCACCAUGCUCCUCCCCCUCAUCGCCGCCCAAACCUACCCCAUCACCCCGUACGUCAACCAAACCAUCAUCUACGAGACCGCGUACAUCGAUAUCUGCCCCACCGGAAUCACCACCAAGACCUACACCAUCACGCAGACCUGCACCAAGGAAGCCUGCCACAAACCCACCGAGAGCGUGAUCCCACCCCACUUCGUCGUAACCACCAAGGUCUGCGAUGCCUGCGCAGGACAGCCAACCGUCACUGUCACUUGCCCUAUUGCCGUUGAGACUGGAGUCUACACCAACGGUACUACCCCAUGCUACGGUAAGGGGUGCCCUGCCCCACCGCCUGCCCCAACCGUCACCCAGUGUGUUGGAUGCCCUGGAGAGGGAGCCAAGACCACUCCUGCUGUGCCAACGAAGACUGCUGCUGGAUGUGGAUCUGGAGUUACCUGCCCACCCCCUGGUAAUGGCACCUAUGUCACUGGUGGUGCGGAUGGAAAGUUUGUUAGCAGCGCUGAGGUUUUGGCGUUGAGCAUGCUUGUAGGCAUCGCAUCAUCGAUUUUGUUGUUGUAG